AGCGGCGCUGGGACCGCGAAGGUGGGCUCAGCAACCAACAUUCACCCUCGGCUGUCUGACUGGAGAUACUUCAGCACAACACAGUUGCAGUCGAGUCUGAACGGAAGAGUCAUUAAGCGAGUGUGGCACUGAGGAGAGUGAAGGAAGUGAUGGAGUCUCAGGCGAUGUGAAGGUCCGGUGGUCAGUGUGAGGGUUAGCGUGGAAGUUCAGGGCAAAACCUGUCACACAGCAGCGCAGACAGCAUGGGAGGAAAGCUCCGAGCUGGGAGAGCCGGUGCACUUGGACAGAAAAACUGGAUUUGGAUUUAAAAAGCCACUUUACUCAUCUACAAGGUUCCUCAAAUAUCAACCAUGGUAUGGUGCCGGGUGCUGGGUCUGGCCCACUGCUGCCUUACUGGUCUUCUCCUCUUACUUCUCUUAUCCAGCUCUUUGUCAGUGAGAGCACCACGUCACCUGUCUGAGCAUCCUCACGUCCCCUCCCUGGUGCAUCACACCCCCUUGCCACUGUCCCGUUCCCGUUUCAGCGCAAAAGCCCAGUUGGACCUCACCACCCACUGCAACGCCAGCUGCUACCACAAGGGAGAGGACAUCGACAAAGAGCACCUAACUGAGCAGCUAGCUUUCGAGACGCUCUAUGCUGAUGGCUCCCGUACACUAACCACUGUGGACCUGGAUGAUGACGAUGAUAUUGUUUAUGAUAUCAUCCCCACACCUUCUAUCAGAAAGAAGCACAAAGCCCCACCUUCCCCUCACAAGAGGAUGAGAAGGCAAAUCUAUGGUCCAGAUGGACGCUUUAAUAUCCGCGGUGAUCACUUCCUGCUGGACUACCCCUUCUCCACAGCAGUGCGCAUCUCAACAGGCUGCACUGGGGUUCUGGUGUCACAGCAGCAUGUUCUGACUGCUGCCCACUGCGUACAUGAUGGGAAAGAUUAUGUCAAAGGUGCACGCAAGCUCAGGGUCGGCUUCCUUAUCCCACCUUCUACUAACAGCACAAAGCAAGGCCAGACCUCAUUGAAGAAGCCUUUGGUGCGCUGGGUUAGAGUCAAGAGGACACGGGUGCCUAAAGGCUGGAUCCAGGGACAGCAGGAUGUCAGCAUGGAUUAUGACUAUGCUCUCCUGGAGCUGCGCUGGGCCCAUCGGAGGCCCUUCAUGCGCCUUUCCGUGGCUCCCACAUCUGACGACCUGGCUGGGAAACGUAUUCAUUUCUCUGGGUUCGACAGUGACCGUCCAGGAGAGCUUGUGUAUCGUUUCUGCCCUGUGGAGGAUGAGUCCAAUGACUUGAUUUACCAGCACUGCGAUGCCCGGCCUGGGGCCAGUGGUUCUGGAGUCUAUGGCCGCGUGUGGGACAACACUCUGGAGCGCUGGGAACGCAAAGUUAUCGGCAUCUUUUCUGGACACCAGUGGCUGGAAAUCAAUGGCGAGAACCAUGACUACAAUGUGGCUGUGCGCUUUACCCCGUUGAAAUUUGCUCAAAUCUGUUAUUGGGUACAUGGCAACAGAGCAGACUGCAGUCAGGACUGAUCUAGAUGAUGAAAAGAACAAUGCUGGAAAUGCAAGAAAGACCGGAGGACAUGAAAGAAAAACUGACCCAUGAAACUGCACUUUAUGGUCAAUCUUUUCACAGAGCAAGGCAACUGUAUUCAAAAGUCCUUGGCAAGAGGUUACCACAAGAUUCUGGACUUGAUUAUCAAGGUUAUUUAAUCCAAAUUGGAUCUGAUACCACCUUUGUCUUUGAAUUGGACCUUUAUUUAAAUAAGUAACAACCACUACUUUGCCUUCCAUUGUACAAUAUCCAUGGGUUACCCAACACUGCUGAGGCCUGUAACACAAGUAAAGGCUGGCUUUCACCUAUUUCAUGCCACGUCAGUACUCAUUAUAUAUCUAUAAAAAAGAAAAUGUCAAGUACUUUCUUUUUCUUCUUGUUAUGAUUUCAUUAUAUUUCCCAGAAAUGUUAAAAAUGCCUGGCAUGGAUUCAUUGUUAGACUGUGAUGUUUAGAUGGAUGGUGUAUAAUCUUUGUUAGAUAUAUUAAUCUGUUUCUAAUAUAGUGGUGAUUUUUUUUCAUCCAUUGGCAAGAACACAAACCUGGUCAGUUCUUUGAAUGUACUACUGCUUGUCACAAUAGUGGAUUAAAUUGAUCAUGCUGAGUUGUGUAAGGAAAGAGGAGAAUCAGUUAACUAUGUUUGUUGUCUCAUAUUCUUAUUUAAGGGUGUAGAAACUAGAUGACUGUGAUAGAUAAAACAAAGAAUAACCUGGUAAAUUAUUCUGGUAAAUCUUUGACAUUAAACAGCUACAAAAGUAGUGACUGCAACAGCUUUAGCAAGAUAAUACACAGCAUAAAAAUUAUUUUCUUAAUAACCAAUACUUGCGAGAUCCAAUACCAAAUACCAGGGAUGAGGGAUACAUUGAAUUGAAUAUAUUUUAUUUUUUUGGAAGUGCUUAUAUUUUAAUAAACAAAACGAUGUA